AUGAUAAAGUGGGAACAUACAAUUCGACUAUAUGAAGGUCAAGAUUUUGAAUCAAUUCGUUUACAAUGUCGUUAUGAACGAAAACUUUUUGAAGAUUCAAUUUUUCCAGCACAACCAGAAUCUCUAUCGAAUAAUUAUCAAAAAUUAAUUCCCAAUUGGCGUGAAAUUACUUGGAAACGUCCAAAUGAAAUUGUCGAUGAUCCACAAUUAAUUGUCAAUGGAAUCAAACGUACAGAUCCAAAUCAAGGUGAUUUAGCUGGUAUAUUUCAUUUUCGUUUUUGGCGUUAUCAACAAUGGUAUGAUAUUGUUAUUGAUGAUCGUUUACCAUUUUUAACAAAACAAAAACGAUUAUGGGGUGCAAGAAAUCUAUUUGAAAUAAAUGAAUUUUGGGUUUCAUUACUUGAAAAAGCUUAUGCAAAAUUAAAUGGAAAUUAUACAAAUUUAGGUGGUGGUUUACCAGUAAAUGCUUUAACAGAUUUUACUGGUGGUAUUGAACAACGUUUUGAAUUUAAAUCAAAUUUAUCUAUAACACAUUUACAUCCAGAUGAUUUAUUUGAUUUUAUUAAAUCAUGUAUUGAUUAUGGUUCACUUAUAGCUUGUUCAAUAAAUGCUGAUAAACGAAAAAUAGAAACAAUUUUAUCAAAUGGUCUUGUUAUUGGUCAUACAUAUUCAAUAACUAAUUAUCAUAUAUUACCAUUAACAUAUGAUAAUCAUUUAUCAAAAUUAAGUGAUCGUGGUUUAAUACGUUUUCGAAAUCCAUGGGGAAACGAUAUUGAAUGGAAUGGAAAAUGGUCUGAUGCUGAUCCUGUUUGGAAUUUACUUGAUGAAAAAACACGAAAAAGAUUAAGUAUACAAAGAAAACAUGAUGGAGAAUUUUGGAUGUCAUUUAAUGAUUUUUAUAAAGAAUUCGAUGUUAUGGAAGUUUGUCAUAUUAGUCCAGAUACAUAUGAUGGUAAUAUAUGA